AACACAAACAAACAAAAAAUUAAAAAAACCAAAAAAAAAAAGUAAUAAAAUUCUUUCAAAUCGUUUCGUCCCUUCCUUCAUCUUUAAACCUUUUAAUUUGUGUUAAUUUGAGACAUCAUUAUUAUGGGAUUUCUUGAGAAACUUUGGGACGAAACGUUGGCGGGUCCCACACCUGAAACAGGUUUGGGUAAGCUUCGGAAGUACAACUCUUUUUCUGCUGCUAGCUCCGGCGUACGGUUGCCGCCGGUGAAGGAUCAUGAUGUUCCUGUUGUUACUCGUAGCAUUAUGAUUAUUAGGAACACUGUUUCUGAACCUGUUUCUCCUUCUUCUUCUGCUGCUACAACACCUCGUACCCCUAAUACACCGGACACGCCAGGCGGUUAUUUUAAGAAAUUCACGAGGAGAAAAGCAUCGGGGGAUCCAUCGGAGAGCUCCGAUUAUCGAAGGUGAUUAUGAGUGCUUUGGAUCGUUGUUGAGAGAGAGAGGAAGUAAGAUGUUUUGCAUUGAACAUCAUCGUUCGGCAUCUAACUGCUGCUAUAUAUAUAUUAAUAUGUAUAUAUGUAUAUAAGAUAUGUACAUUACUAUAUAAAAUAAUAUAAGUACGUAUAACUAAAUGGCUCAAAUGAUGGUGUCUGUCGCAGCAUAUUGAGCCAAUGCUUCAUGAGAUUCUGAGGGUGUAAAGGAGUAGCAAGAAAGUCAUAAGCAGAGUGUUUGUAAAUUGUAUAUAUAUGACUUUGGUUUUUUUUCUUUUCAUUUUCUUUUUUAAGCUUUUGGCUUUUGACUAUUGUAAAUAUGGAUUAUGUACUCUUAAAUCUUUGUAGAA